AAAAUCAAUCCUAAAAAUCUUGCAACACGCGAUUUGUCUCAGCUACUUCCUCAUUCAUUCGCUUUUCCCUCCCCAUUUCUGUUUCAGUAUUCAACCCCGUACCCUCCGCUUAUCCGCCAGCACCGGCCACCGCAGCAGCUCAGCUUCCUUCUCCAGCGAGAAAACGCCACCUCCAGCCAGUAGCCACCGCCCAGUCGCCCACCACCACAAGAGUAUCUACUCUUUUUUCUUUAUUCAUUCUGCUUUGGAUCUGCAUUGUGCAAUAUCCAAAAUCAAAUAUCAAUUAUCAAACAACCAAUUCAAUGUUGCUAAGUACAGUGAUAGGUUUGAGUUUGGUGUUGUUGGGCUGCAUAAAGCUUGGCGAUGCAGCCACAGCCGUGGAUGUAUAUCGGCUGAUACAGUACGAUCUAGCCGGAUCUCCUUUUGGAUCUCGUCUUUCUAAUCUCAAUCAUCAUGCUGUUUCUUCUCUCAACGCUCCCAACGUCGAUCUCUCUCGCGCCGUUGUCAUCAUUCCCAUUCACGACCUUCAUCUUUAUCUUUCUUCUAUUCAAGAUUACAUUGACCGAAAACAGCCCCUCGGUGGUCUUUUGUUUUUAUUAUCAAAAUCUGGAGUAAGUAGUGAAACCAAAGAGGAUGACAAAUUGAUGCAAUUGGAAAGGUUACUGGUUCAUUCCAACAUACCUUAUCCUGUUUACUUUGCUUUUGAGGAUGACCACAUCAACACUGUUGUCCAUGACGUUAAACGAAAUGAUGGAUCUGCUCAGCCUGCAACACCAACUACUGGCGGGUACAAGCUUGUUGUUUCCACAACAGAAGCUAGGAAAGUUUCUUCUCCUACCAUUACCAACAUUCAGGGAUGGUUGCCAGGUUUGAAGUUGGAUGGAGAUUCCAAUCAAAUUCCAACAAUUGCUAUAGUGGCAACUUAUGACACAUUUGGGGCUGCACCAGCCUUGUCAGUGGGUAGCGAUAGUAAUGGAAGUGGUGUUGUGGCACUUUUGGAAAUUGCUCGUUUAUUUUCGAUUUUGUAUUCAAACCCUAAGACAAGAGGAAGAUACAAUUUGCUUUUUGGGCUGACUUCUGGUGGACCUUACAAUUAUAAUGGAACUCAAAAGUGGCUUCGAAGCUUAGACCAACGUUUGCGUGAGAGUAUUGAUUAUGCCAUAUGUUUGAAUAGUAUUGGUUCGCUUGACAAUAAUUUAUGGCUUCAUGUAUCGAAACCCCCAGAAAAUGCAUACAUAAAACAAAUGUUUAAAGGUUUUUCAGAUGUUGCUGGAGAAUUGGGAGUUAUGGUUGGCUUGAAGCACAAGAAAAUCAACAUUUCAAAUCCUCGAGUAGCUUGGGAGCAUGAACAAUUUUCAAGGCUUAGAGUAACAGCAGCCACUCUCUCUAAACUCUCUUCUGCACCUGAAUUUUUAGAGAAUUUUGGAGGCCUUUCAGAUAACAGGAAUUUUGUUAGUGAAACUUCUAUUCUCAAUAUUGUAAAGUUAGUGGCAGAGAGUAUUGCUAGGCAUAUAUAUAGUCAUGAAGGAAAGAAUACUCAGAUAUUUGCAGAUAACAGUAGUUUAGCUGUAAAUCCAUCUUACAUAGCGUCAUGGUUGAGCCUUUUAUCGCGAACGCCUCGAGUUGCUCCUUUUCUUCCAAAGACUGACCCUCUCAUUAAUGCUCUCAGUAAGGAACUAGCUGAGCAUACAGCUGAGGUGAAUGUACAACAUGAGAAUCUGGAUGGUAUUUUCACCUUCUAUGAUUCAGUGAAGGCCACUCUAUAUAUUUACCAGGUAGCUAGUGUAACAUUUGACUUGCUCUUGUUGCUAGUUCUGGGGUCGUACUUGAUAGUACUAUUUAGUUUCCUUGUCAUUACAACCAGGGGUCUCGAUGAUCUUAUCAGUUUAUUUCGAAGACCACCAUCUCGGAAGGUCAAAACAGCCUAAAUUUCUGAUAAGGAAGGUGUUGAUGCUAUUAAACAAUCGUCACCGGUUCAAAGCCAACAUGCCUUGGUAAAAUGGUGACACUUCAUUUACUUCCAGCCUGAAUCAUAGAAGUUGCUGGUACUUUUGUAGACUAGUCUGCGAUGAGGAAGUGGCAUCCUUUGUGGAUUUGGUGUGUCAGCGCCAAACAAAAUUUUUUGAAAUAAGACUUGUCCCAGUUCAACUAACAACAAAUUGAAUGCACUUUCAUAUUUAAUAACUUAGUCUGUGAUCUGUUCCUGCUUGAGGUCUUUAAAUAAUUUUGUCCCACGAGGAACACCAGAAUUCAGCUCAGUUUUUGCUUCUGAUGUGGAGUAGAUACAUUUUGUUGUAUUGAUAUACAAAAUUGGCUUCUUGUUGGGUCAUGAUGGAUUUUAUCCAGACAUUUUUUUGACUUUCU